CGUCACGUACUCCAUGGCAACGACGCGCGGCCGAAGAUGGCGGCCGGGCCGCGUCGGCGAGGGGGCGCCUCGGCUUUGGGCCGGGGCCUGAGCCCGUGGCACCCGAGCGGUCCCCUCUGGGUCGGAGGCGUUUUACUCGUGCUGGGCGGGCUCCGGGCGAGCGCUGCCUCUGUGCCUGUCUCCUUCAGCAGUUCUCCGCCCUGUCGGCACCACGUCCCCUCUGACGCUGAGGUCAUAAAUAAGGUCCAUCUUAAGGCAAAUCAUGUUGUAAAGAGAGAUGUUACUGAACAUUUAAGAAUCAAGACUGUCUAUGAUAAAAGUAUUGAAGAGUUGCUCGCUGAGAAAAGACAUCUUGUAAAGAACAAACUUUUCCCACAAGCUGUUUCAUAUUUAGAGAAGACUUUUCAGGUUCGUAGACCUGCGGGCACUAUAUUACUUAGUAGACAAUGUGCAACAAACCAAUACCAAUACCUGCGGAAGGAGAAUGAUCACCAUAGAUGCUGUACUGAGGAGUGUGCAGAACAUACAAAAUGUGGCCCCGUUAUAGUGCCUGAGGAGCACCUCCAGCAAUGCAGAGUCUGCUGUGGGGGUAAGUGGCCCUGUGGAGCAGUGGGUGUGCCAGACCAAGAGGGAGUCCAGGACGCAGACUUUGUUCUUUACGUUGGUGCUCUGGCCACUGAGAGGUGCAGCCAUGAAAACAUCAUCUCGUAUGCAGCCUAUUGCCAACAGGAAGCGAAAAUGGACAGGCCAAUAGCAGGAUAUGCUAACCUGUGUCCAAAUAUGAUCUCUACUCAGCCUCAGGAGUUUGUUGGAAUGCUGUCCACAGUGAAACAUGAAAUUAUUCAUGCCCUGGGUUUCUCUGCUGGGCUGUUUGCAUUCUACCGUGAUAAAGAUGGACAUCCUCUAACUUCAAGAUUUGCAGAUGGUCUCCCACCUUUUAACUACAGUCUUGGAUUAUAUCAGUGGAGUGAUAAAGUAGUUCGAAAAGUGGAGAGAUUAUGGGAUGUUCGAGAUAAUAAGAGAGUUUCUCACACUGUAUAUCUUCUAGUAACACCUCGUGUUGUCGAUGAAGCACGAAAACACUUUCAGUGUCCAAUUCUGGAGGGAAUGGAACUUGAAAAUCAAGGUGGUAUGGGCACUGAGCUCAACCAUUGGGAAAAGCGGCUAUUAGAGAAUGAAGCAAUGACUGGUUCUCACACCCAGAACCGAGUCCUCUCUCGAAUCACUCUGGCAUUAAUGGAGGACACUGGCUGGUACAAAGCUAAUUACAGCAUGGCUGAGAAGCUAGACUGGGGCCGAGGAAUGGGCUGCGACUUUGUCAGGAGGAGCUGUAAAUUCUGGAUUGAUCAGCAGAGACAAAAGAGACAGAUGCUGAGCCCCUACUGUGACACACUCAGAAGUAAUCCACUACAGCUAACUUGCAGACAGGACCAGAGAGCAGUCGCAGUGUGUAAUUUGCAGAAGUUUCCAAAACCUUUGCCUCAGGAGUACCAGUACUUUGAUGAACUCAGUGGCGUACCUGCAGAAGACCUGCCGUAUUACGGUGGUUCGGUAGAAAUUGCUGACUACUGUCCUUUCAGUCAGGAAUUCAGUUGGCAUUUAAGUGGUGAAUAUCAGCGCAGCUCAGAUUGUAGAGUUCUGGAAAAUCAACCAGACCUUUUUAAAAACUAUGGUGCUGAAAAGUAUGGACCUCAUUCAGUUUGUCUAAUUCAGAAAUCAGCAUUUGUCAUGGAGAAGUGUGAAAGGAAGCUGAGUUACCCGGACUGGGGGAGUGGAUGCUAUCAGGUUUCUUGUUCUCCACAAGGUCUGAAGGUUUGGGUUCAGGAUACUUCAUAUUUGUGUAGUAGGGCCGGGCAGGUCCUCCCCGUCAGUAUUCAGAUGAACGGCUGGAUUCAUGAUGGAAACUUGCUCUGCCCAUCGUGUUGGGACUUCUGUGGGCUCUGCCCCCCAGAAACAGAUCCUCCAACUACCAACUUGACCCGAGCUCUGCCCCUGGAUCUCUGUUCCCGUUCCUCUAGCCUGGUGGUCACCCUCUGGCUACUGCUAGGCAAUCUGUUUCCGCUGCUGGCUGGAUUUCUUCUGUGCGCGUGGCAUUAGGAAUGGAAAAGUGAAUUCUCAAGACAUUCCUCUGUGUCAUGUUCCUAUGGACAAAGCACAAAAUCUGGGCACGUGCCAGCCUGGGAAGGUGGCAGAAGCGACAUUCCUGACUGUGGCUUGGAGGUGUUGACCGCAGUCAGAUCCUGAAGCAGAGCUUCACAGCAGGCACUCCUCAUCCGCAACCCAACAGCCUCAAAGUUUGGAGAAGGAGAAGGAAUUCCAAAUCACCAAGUCUAUUUAUUGUUCAGAAUUCAUAACCUUCCUGAAGUUUUCCUUUGAAAAUGGGAUAAUAGGUGAAAAUUUCAGUGAUUACAUACCUCAGCAUGUUCACUAACCUAAAACAAUGGGAAGGUUCAUCACUGCUGCAAUAAUUUAAAGAACGGCUAAUCACUGCAAGAUGAUAAGUUGUGGACCCUGUCCUCAAGAGUAUAAAUUGUCCUUUGACUUACAGAAAAUAAUUUGAAUUGGGAUUUCUGCAUCACUGUUAUACCUGUUUUGAAUUUAAUGACUGUAUAUGGUACAUCUAAAUCAUUGUUCUCUUUGUUCUAAAGAGGUUUGUUUUAAUUAUAUUUUGCUAAAUCUUAUGAUUUAACCAUACUAGCCUUUUUCAGACCAGCUGUGUGGCAGUUUCCUGCUGUGUUGGUAGCUGUAUCUAUACUCACUGAUCUUCAGAGAGUAGCUUCCAGUUGUGUUCUCCAUUAGUUUAAUAAUGACCUGAAAAACUGGGAAGCAGAGAGAGAAAAAUACUCUGCCCUGUGAAAACAAUGAAGACGUGCAAAUGGAAGGAAACUUAACUGUGUGUUUUUCAGAUAAUAGCUAUGACAACUGUAAUCCAACAAAAAUAGAACUGUCCUUUUUGACCAAUGAAGAUAAAAAGAAAUUCUUAUAUAGACAGGUAUGCAGCUAUUUUCAGAUAGGCUUAGAAAUUGUUACAGAAGAAUUUCUACUAUCUGAAAAUUAUUUUAUGUAUAAGAAGGAAAGAUGUAAGUCGAAACAAGGUGGUCUGAAUUGUUUAUAGCAGAGUGUAGAUUUGGUGUAGGGCCUAUCUAGUAGAGUCCACUUUACCACACAGUGCAUGGGGGCUUCAUCCACAGAAGUCAGAAGAUUGCCUUUGGUUUAAAAGGAGGCAAUGUCCUUUACCUCUUGUAUUUGACACUCUUUCUGUCACCCGUAGAUUCUGGUCCCCAGAAGCAGUUCUGCUCUGGCAACCAGAGCUGACCAGCCCUGUUUAGUAAACCCAAUUCGAAAUUCUUUAGGGGUGAAUGGUGCCCAGUUUUUCUUCUGAAGGUGAUGAAGUCCUGUGGCAUUAUAAACACAGUCCUUGGACAAGCGUUCAUUCAUUCAUUCAUCCACUGCUUGCCCCUUUAAUUCAGCAUGCAGGUGUUGAGCUCUUAGUUUAAAAAAUUAUGAUAAGUGAGCAAAUGGCAUAAUUACUAAGGAGUAAUUCCAACUUGCUGUUUGGCACUGGACCCAAACAGCAACGCCAGCAUAAAGGAAAGUCACCCUUUUUUUUAAAUGCAUACAUUUAAAAUACUUAUUUGCCUACAGUUUUAAAUUGGAGGUAUUUGUCGUUUUGAAAAGCUGGGGAUCUCUAGCAUAGCCAGCCUCAGGCAAGGACCAUCUGAUAGCAGUGGUGUUUCUGCCUAUGUCCUGCAUACUUUAAAUCAUGCAAAGUUAGAGGAAAAUGUAGAGUAUAUUUUUAAAGAAAGUUAUAAAAAUCUAAACUUAUAUACCUAAUGUGAUUAUGAAUCAUCCUGCAAAGUUGUAUAAAGAAUUUCACCAAAAAUAAUAUGGAUUAAUAAUAUAUUUGAGACUCAUAGUGACAGGUUCAGUUGUAUUUUGACGGUUGUGCAGUAAUGCCAUGUAGGUAGUAUUGUUUCUGAGCAUGGUGCUUUUUAUACUUGAAAUAUAUUUUUGCUUUAUUUUUUAUUGAUAUAAUUAUAUUUGCACUAAUGACUUUCUGAAAAAAAUAUAGAUGACAUUUUUUCUAUAUAUAUUUGUUAAGCUUGGAAUCUGGUAGCCCAGUGUUUUCUCUGCACAAAUGUAGAACCUGAUAAAGUAUGAUGUUAAGAAGUCUUGAGUUUUUGAGGGUAAACUGUGCCGGUGUCUUCCUUCCUCUUCAGCAAGUCUUGAAAGUGACUGCGUACCACUGAUUCUGCGUAGUAUACUCAGUGAAGAUUUAGAAGGCCACUGAACCUGCAAGAAAUUUUAAGAGGCAUGGUUUAGUCACUUAGAAUAUGAUAAAAUUCUAAAACAAUAUUCUAAAAACAAGGAUUUUUAAAAUCUGAAAUUUCAACGCGGAAUUAGCAGGCUAGAAUUCAGCUUUCAGCUGAAGAAUUUGAAAUGACCUAAAUGUUGGUGUCCUGUGGCAGGUAAUGCCCUUGAUGUUCACUGAGAAGGAGCCUGUGCAGACUGCAGCGCUGGGGGGGUGAGGGGGGGCAGGGAUGGGGAUAGCUCAUGUGAGGACCGUAGACUGAAGUCCUUUCUGACUCAGAAAGGGUCAAGUGCUUGUAAAAACUGACUACCUCAGUGUUCAGUUCAGACUUGGGUUCAUUUUGAUAGUAUUAAGGUCCCAGUGUCAAAAUUAGCAAGUGAAUGUGUCUCUCAGGUUUUCAAGAACAGAAUUUACAGGAAGGAAGCAAAAGCCAUGUCGCUAGACUUGAGCUGACAGCUUUCACAAAUGAAACUGGCAAGCAGUUCAGUAGUCUUAACGUAGAUCUCUCUGUAUUCUCCUGAAAAACAUCCUUUUCCCUUACUUAUUUCUUAAGGAUACUUAUUUUUGUUAAGACCAACUAGGCAUUCUAAAAAUAUUAUAAGUUAUGCUUAAAAUUAGUUUCAGCCUAAUAUGUUGGCUUAGAGUGUCUCAAUAUUUGAAAGUGAAACAUAAAUUAAGGAAGUUUACAUAGGUUUAGGAAGAUACAUAAAUAAGCAUACCAGAGUAUUCCAUAAGUUUUUAUCAAUAUUCUCUUCAAUAUUAGAAGACUCACUGAUUGAGACCAUCUGUAAAGUGACUAGAUGCUUUCUCAGAUGCGUUCCAGCUCUAAUAUUCUGUAACUGAAACUCAUGCAGAACUGCUAGGUCACUGCUGGCUCUGACCCACCUCCUGGAGUACGCCGGCUUACAUGUCACGUUCAUCGCAGUGGCCUGUGCGCGGGCCUUAGCGCUGUCCUUGCCCUUGGACACUGACUGGAGACAGAGGAGCCUGUUUCUGAGGGCGUUUGAGUCGUCCUGGCAGGAGGAGACGGGCACCAGUGACGGCCCCACAGACCUGUUUUGUAGUUGGCACCCGUCAUCCGUGCCAUGUCCUUGCAGCCCGAGGAGACUGACAUGAUAAAAUCUGUGCUGCUUAUUCUGAAGAAGGAACUUACCUGAAAGAAUGACCUUUUUUUUUUUUGAUACAUUUAGUCAGGAUUGGGGAGGGAGUGGUGAAUUAUUUUCUUUUCGUUUAUAUUUUUAAUAAAAUAGAUUUAAGAACUAAUCUUUAUGGUAUUUAAGUGUAAUAUAUUACUUAGAAAAAAACAGCUUUAAUAAAAAUGGAAACUAAUCUG